AAUGUUUCUAGCAACAUGGCUGCUGGGCUUGGUCUUCUCUCAUUGAACCAACGUCAAAAGUUAGCUCAAUCUCAACAAACUCAGAACCAACAUCAUCACCAUCACCAGGCUAACCCUAAGUUAACUGCUGUGUCGACGUGGAUGUGGAACCCUAAGGUGCAGCCUCAGGAAGCAGAUGAUGAUUCGUGGGAGGUUAGGGCCUUUGCUGAGGACACAGGUAAUGUGAUGGGCACAACUUGGCCUCCAAGGUCUUAUACUUGCACUUUUUGCAGAAGGGAAUUCCGGUCAGCUCAAGCACUUGGGGGUCACAUGAAUGUGCACCGCCGUGACAGGGCUCGGCUUCACCAAACACAACCAGCUGGCACUGUUGCAUUAAUUAAUCUAACCUCAUCAUCUUCUGCUACUACUUCCUCAUCUACUCUCUUAAUCCCAACUCAAGAAGUGGCCACAAAUGGCGGUUUGUGCCUCCUCUACCAAUUACCUAGCCCUAAUGGCCAUGGGGUUUUCGCUUCUCCACCUAUGAAUGCAUGCUCUAUUGAUUCACCUUCGACCCUUCUCUCUAUUUCACCCUAUCCCUCUAACAACCUAAUGGCAGCACCAUUUAUAAAUUAUCCGGUAACGCCUCCAGGGUUGAAUAAUUCUUCUUCUUCUUCACUCUGCUACUCAACCAUAGCCGAACCAUCAACGACUUCGGCGGAUAAUAUCAAUACUGAUGGCAACAAUAUCAGCAACAACUGCAAGGAAACAUCAAUUGAAGAGCUUGAUCUAGAGCUUCGACUGGGGCAUAGACCAACAACAUCUUGA